CAUAUCAGGUGACAUUUCUAUGUUUUAAAAGUUUUUAAUCAUUUUGCUUUUUAUUACUUUUUUUUCUUUGAAAAUUUUGUGUAAUAUUUCAUAGUCUAAAAAUCUUUAGGAUAUGAAAGCUCUUUGGCAGAUGAUGAGAUACUCAAAAGUCAAUCCUGUCCAGGCAAAACCUGUUAUAGAGUCUCUAAAGAGACACACCUGGUACAUAGACCCAAAUAUUUUAGUUAUGUCUCUUGUUGACAAAAAUGUACAAGAACGGAGUGACAUUGCCAAGAAGUUGUACUCAUCCCCAAGACCUACAACUUAUGCCAUAGAAAGACAUCAAGUUAAUUUAAAUAUACUGAACUCCCUUAUGUUUAAUGAUGAUACUCCCCCAAGUUUGACCCCGCUUAUAACUGACCAGAGUUGGUUAAUUUUUCAUAUCUUAAACCAUGCAAAUGCUGAAGUACAGUGGCUUAAGACUCCAUCUGAGACAUGGGAUCUAAAUGACUAUUACUUAGAAUUCAAACAAUUUGUGAAUAAUCUUGAAGUAGUAAAUGACUGUAGUGAGAGGGCUAUAAAACUAGUUCAGGAGUUGAUCAAUAAAUCGCAUAAUGAGGAUAAAAGACAAAGUACCUUCCUCGUAUCAAACAAAUAUAAGAGUGAAAGAACAAUUAAAAAAAAAUGUGAUUAUGUAAAGAAUUCUUUGUUUACAAAAUAAAUUUAUAAACAUGAACUAUGUUUGACAACUAAUUUCUUCAGAAACUAAUCAUAAAUAUGAUUUUAUUAUGUAAAUAUAAAUAUUUUAAUAC